AUGGGGCCGUGCCGGUGGGCGCCGCUCUGGGGCUUCCACGCCGUGCUGGUGCAGGUGGCCGUGCUCACGGCGGGGCAGAGCCCGCAGGAGAGACCCCCGCGGCCGGCGGGAUGGUCGCCGGCCCCCUCAUCCUCGUGGGCGCCCACCGUGGAGCCGGGAGCGCCGGGGGACAGCGAGGGCUCGGCGGCAGCGCUGGCGUUCCUGCGCACGGGCGAUGCCGAGCGCCUGGCCCGGGCCAACUGCAGCGGGGGUGUCGCGGCGGGGGCCCCCGCGCCCGGGCCGCCCCCGGCGCUGCGGGCAGCCCUGCGAGCCGCCCCCGAGGCGCUGGCCCACGCCGCCAACUUCCUCAACAUGCUCUUCCAGACCAACGACAUCCGCGAGGCCAGCGUGGCCGAGGACGUGGAGUGGUACCAGGCGCUGGUCCGCAGCCUGGCCGAGGGGCACCCGUGGGUGCGCAGGGCGGUGCUGGCCCUCGACGCCCACCCGCUGGCCCCCAAGCCCCGGCUGAUGCUGCAGGCCACCAAGGGGGACGGCCAGAUCCUGCUGCAGGACGUCUCCAACGCCGCUCCCAGCCUGGGCAACCUCAGCUGGGACAACGAGUGGUUCAACGCCCUCAAGUCGCAGCGGGUCCCGGCGCUCCGCAAGCGGGUGCUCAGCAAUGACCUGCGCAGCCUGGAGACCCCCAAGUGGCAGCGGGGGGACAGCUACGUGGGGGACCCGGGCCACGUGCGCUGGUCGCCGCCGUUCCUGGAGUGCCGCGAGGGCCGCUUCCUGCCCACCUGGGCCGUCACGCUCUCCUCCGCCUUCUACGGGCUCAAGCCCGACCUCAGCCCCGAGUUCAAGGGGGUCGUGCGGGUGGACGUGGAGCUGAGGGACGUGGCCAUCGACCAGUGCUCCAGCGGGCCGGGCUGGUUCUCGGACACGCAUCGCUGUGACCUCAACAGCACCCAGUGUGUCCCCCAGGAGAGCCGUGGCUUCGUCCUCGGGAGGUACCUGUGCAGGUGCAAGCCGGGUUUUUACAGGGCCGGCGGAGUGGCCAGCGGUGCCUGGGCAGGUGUGGCAGGGACAGACGGGGGGUCCCGGCUGGGGUGCCGGCCGUGCCGCCCGGGCUGUGCCACCUGUGAGGACGACACGCCCUGCCUGAUCCAGGAGGACCAGGUGCUGCGGGCAGCGGUGCUGUCGUGCCAGGCCUGCUGCAUGCUGGCCAUCUUCCUCAGCAUGCUCGUGUCCUACCACUUCCGACGGAGCAAGAGGAUCCGGACAUCAGGAAUCAUCCUGCUGGAGACCAUCCUCUUCGGGUCCCUCCUCCUCUACUUCCCUGUGUUCAUCCUGUACUUCAAGCCGAGCAUCUUCCGCUGCAUCGUCCUGCGCUGGGUGCGGAUGCUCGGCUUCGCCAUCGUCUACGGCACCAUCACCCUCAAGCUCUACAGGGUGCUGAAGGUGUUCCUGUCGCGCACGGCGCAGCGCGCUCCCUACGUGUCGAGCGGGCGGGUGCUGCGGAUGCUGGCGCCCAUCCUGCUGCUGGUGCUGUGGUUCCUGGCAGCCUGGACCAUCGGCAUGCUGGAGAACGCCCACAAGAACAUCCCGCUGGUCAUCCGCGCCCAGACCAGCCGCGGCCUCCACUUCUCCAUCUGCGGCCACGACUGCUGGGAUUACAUGAUGGUCAUCGCCGAGAUGCUGUUCCUGCUGUGGGGCAGCUUCCUGUGCUACGCCACGCGCGCCGUGCCCUCGGCCUUCCACGAGCCCCGUUACAUGGGCAUCGCCCUCCACAACGAGCUCAUGGUCUCUGCCACCUUCCACGUGGUCAGGUUCCUGAUUGUCCCCUCGCUGCAUCCGGACUGGACUCUGCUGCUCUUCUUCGCUCACACCCACGGCACCAUCACCAUGACCCUGGCCCUGCUCUUCAUUCCCAAGUUCCUGCACACGGGCUCGCCGCUGCGGGAGGAGAUCACGGCCGAGGUGUACGAGGACGAGCUGGACAUGCGGCGCUCGGGCUCCUGCAUGAACAGCAGCAUCGCGUCCGCCUGGAGCGAGCACAGUCUCGACCCCGAUGACAUUCGGGAGGAGCUGAAGAAGCUUUACCGACAGCUAGAGGUGCACAAGACGUGGCGGAUGGCGACCAACAACCCGCACCUGGCCAAGAAGCGCAGCUCCCGCCGCAGCCUCGCCCGCUCCAUCCUGCGCCGCAGCGGAGCCGAGCUGGCCGAGAGCGCGUCCCGCCGCAGCAGCGCCGGGGACCGGGCGGGGACCCUGUCCCGCCGCAGCUCCUCGGCCAGGCGGCUCGUGGAUGCCGCCGGGACCAGCCUGAGGAUGCGGGACGGAAGCUCCCGGCGCCGCUCCUCAGCCCUGCACAAGUCCCGCAGCUCCGAGGGGCCCCCGCGGGAGCCCCGCCGAGGGUCGCGCACCCCCAGCCCGCCCGAGGAGCCUCGGCCGGCGGCGGUGAUGGACUUGGAGCAAUCCGACAGCGACUCGCUGGACGCCGCCCCGCUCCUGUGCAAAUCGGCCAGCGCCCAAAACCUGGCGGGGCACUGGCAGCGACCCCCGGGCCGCGCCCCGCCCUUGCAGAAGUCCCACAGCGUUGUCACCGGGGCGCGGGAAGUGGCGCUGCUGGCCGCCCGCACGGCCGCCCGCGAGCAGUGGCACGGCAGCCGCCACCUCUCCGCGCCGGCCCCGGGGGUCCCCAGCGGCACCGCGACACCGCAGAGCCCCGCCGAGAGGGGCUCGCAGGAGGACACGGCCCCGCUGGGCGAUGCCAAGGGGCACAAACAUGUCACCUACGCGCCCAUCAAGAGCGUCAGCGCUGACAGCGCCCACCCGCCCAGGAAGGUGCGGGUGACCGUGAAGAAAACCCCCCCUCCGCCCCCCGUCCGCUACCAGAGCCUGCAGCGCUCGGGGACGCUCGGGGACAGCCCGGAGCCACCGCCGGGCCACCCGGCACAGGCGGGAGAGUUGGAGGGGACAGCAGGGGACGAUCCGGAGCGCGCGUCCCCCCCGGCAGGGAAGGGCAGGCUGCUGACCCCGACGGCCACCUCGGCACACGUCUGUCCCUGGGAGCUGGUCCAGGACGAGAUCCUGGGCAGGAAACAAAAAGCGGCCGAGGCAGCAGAGUCGGGGAGCCCCGGUGACACAGCGGCCGCCACCCCCGGCCCCAAGCCGCCCCCCACGAAGAGUUUCCGGAGCCUGGGACUCGCCAUCAAAGCCCUCAACCGCUCCAGGGGGAAGAGCAUCCUGAAAGGGAAAAGCGAGGGGAGCCUCAGGAAGAGGGGCAGCAGCAGGAGCGAGAAGCCCGGCCUGGCAGAGGCCUCGGCCGUGUCCCUCGGGGGGCUCAGCCCAGACCCCGCUGCCAAAAUCCCCGAGGGGAGCGGGCAGAGCCUCGAGCCCCCCGCCCUCCAGCACAACAACAACGCCGCCACCCCCGGGGAAGCCGCGGACUGGGGGGACAGCGGGACAGGAGGACAAUGGGACAGCCUGGCCGCGGGGACAGGCAACGGGGACAAAGCGGCAGAGGGGCCCAGCGCUGCCCGAGGGGACGCGGGUACUGGUGGGCGUCUGGAGCCACCCAGCGCGGGCCACCAAGGAGCUGAAUGUCCCCCGGAGGUGGCCCGGGUACAGCCCCAGGAAGGGGACGAGGCUCCUGCAGUGGAUCUGGGGGAGGACGUUCCUGAGGUCACAGCGGAGGAAGGGACACUUGACGAGCUCGAGGGGACCAGCAGGUCCUUCCAGCCCCGGAACCACCGGGAGGAGGAGCAGCCGCCUGCGAAGCCCACCCCGAGCAGCGUGCGGGGCGCGGCGGGGCGGAAGCCGCGGGCUGAGGUUGGCCCGCCCGGACCGCUCGGAAUCCCGGCAGGAAGGGGAGCCUUGCUGCGCCAGGAGGCGAUCGCUCCCCGGGAGGAUGCAGGGACCCCAGAGAGCCUGGACAAGGCGCUGGAAGAGGGGAGCAGCCAGCCCGACUCCGAGCGGGUCCCCAGAAGGAGCUGGAGCAGGGCUGGGAGCGCGCAGGGAGAGCUCAGUCUCGGGGGAGAUUCCAGCUCCAAAGCAGCAAUCUGCCCUGGGAAGGGCAGCAGUGAGGGGGAUUCUCAGCGCUCUCCGGGCUUGGAAAAACCACCAGAGCUGCCGAAAGGGGCCCCGGAGCAAGCGGAGGGCAGGAGGGCUGAGGUGUGCCCGUGGGAGAGCCAGGAACAGGGAAGGAGUGUCCGAGCAGAAAUCUGCCCCUGGGACACAGAGCAGGCCCUGCCAGAGCAGGAGGGGCAGAGAUCCCCCAAAUCUGGAGAAGGUGUGGAGCAGCCUGGGAUGGGGCUCACAGGGAAACCCCCAGCUCUGCCCAAAGCCUCAUCCCAGCGGGCUGGAACCACAGAGAGCAAAAAGGCCAACAUCUGUCCCUGGGAAGUGGAGGGUGAGCCGCGCCCAAAAACAGAGAUCUGCCCCUGGGAAGAGGCUGCAGCUCCGCUGGGGAAGGAGAGAUCGAGGCAGGACACGCAUGGCACUUCCAAAAGGGAAGAAAAAGUGGGAUCCAGAGCACCGGAAAAAGGAAAGCAGAUCCCAGCCAAACCCCUGCCCAAAUCUCCUUCAGGGAAAUCCCAGAGCUCAGAGAAGGCAGAGAUCUGUCCUUGGGAGUCUCAGGGAACCAAAUUCAGUGACAAAGCUGAAAUCUGUCCCUGGGAGGUGGCUGCACCUCAGCUGGAGAAAGGAGCAGGCCCAGGUAAGGAGAGACUCCCAGGAAAAGUAGAGACCAAAGCUCUGGAGAAGGGGAGCAGAGACCGAGAGUCCGUCUGUCCAUGGGAGAGCCUGGACACGGAUCAGCCCCCGGCCAAACCCCACACUGGGAGCUCAGCAAUGCCCAAAGCUCCUUCGGGGAAAUCCCAGAGCUCGGAGAAGGCAGAGAUCUGUCCUUGGGACACUCAGGAUGUUGAAUACAGCAGCAAAGCCGAGAUCUGUCCCUGGGAGGUGGCUGAACAACCCUCAGGUAAAGAGAAACCCAGACAGGACAAAGAGGAGCCAUCCAGGGUGGGCAAAAGCCCUUCCACAAGUCAAGGCCUCCUGAAGGGAGUGGAAGCUUCUUUCACUUCUGGAAAGAAGGAUCAAGAGUCCGUCUGUCCUUGGGAGAGCCUGGACAUGGAGCAGCCCCCAGCCAAAUCCCACACUGGGACCUCAGCAGUGCCCAAAGCUCCUUCGGGGAAAUCCCAGAGCUCAGAGAAGGCAGAGAUCUGUCCUUGGGAGAGUCAGGACCUUAAAUCCAGUGAUAAAGCUGAAAUCUGUCCCUGGGAGGUGGCUGCACCUCAGCUGGAGAAAGGAGCAGGCCCAGGUAAGGAGAGACUCCCAGGAAAAGCAGAGACCAAAGCUCUGGAGAAGGGGAGCAGAGAGAGGGAAUCAAUCUGUCCUUGGGAGAGCCUGGACACGGAGCAGCCCCUGACCAAACCCCAAACUGGGAGCUCAGCACUGCCCAAAGGAGCUCCAGGGAAAUGCCAAAGCUCAGAGAAGGCAGAGAUCUGUCCCUGGGAGGUCGAACCCAGCAGCAAAGCCGAGAUCUGUCCCUGGGAAGUGGCUGAACCUCCCUCCCAGCAGCCAAAGGCAAAGCAGGUCCCAGCUGGGGGCUCCAAGGGGGACAAGCGCAUCACGCGCCAGGCAGCGCUGGCCAGCCCGGAGAGAUCCCUGGACAGCAGAGACCGAGAGUCUGUCUGUCCUUGGGAGAGCCCAGACACAGAACAGCCCCCGGCCAAAUCCCACACUGGGACCUCAGCACUGCCCAAAGCUCCUUCGGGGAAAUCCCAGAGCUCAGAGAAGGCAGAGAUCUGUCCUUGGGAGUCUCAGGGAUCCAAAUCCAGUGACAAAGCUGAAAUCUGUCCCUGGGAGGUGGCUGAGCCUCAGCUGGAGAAAGGAGCAGCACCAGGUAAGGAGAGACUCCCAUCAAGAGAAGCCUCUAAAGUUCUGGAGAAGGGAAGCAGAGACCGAGUGUCCAUCUGUCCAUGGGAGAGCCUGGACACGGAGCAGCCCCUGGCCAAAUCCCACACUGGGAGCUCAGCAGUGCCCAAAGCUCCUUCGGGGAAAUCCCAGAGCUCAGAGAAGGCAGAGAUCUGUCCUUGGGAGGUCGAAUCCAGUGGCAAAGCUGAAAUCUGUCCCUGGGAGGUGGCUGCACCUCAGCUGGAGAAAGGAACAGCACCAGGAAAGGAGAAACUCCCACCAAAAAAAGCCUCCAAAGCUGUGGAGAAGGGGAGCAGAGACCGAGAGUCCGUCUGUCCAUGGGAGAGCCUGGACACAGAGGAGCUGUCCCUGAAAUCUGCAGUGGGGAAGGAGCCAUCCAAGAAAUCCGGCAGCACCGAGAGCAGGAAAUCUGAAAUUUGCCCCUGGGAAGCAGAAGAGCCCAUGGGGUUGGAGGAGGAAAUCUCCCAGCCAGAUGUGCAGCCACAGGGAGCCCAGAGAGCUUCCCCUGCAGGGAUGGGACAGCUGGGUGCCAGCGCUGUGUCUCCAACACUUCUGGAACAAUCCAGGGGCAGAUCCCAUGGGGAAGCUGAGCACAAGCCCCUGUGCCGACUCCUGCCCAGCAUCCAGCACCCAGCCGUGGGCAGCAGCCCCAGCCCUGGCGCUGGCCUGGCUGAGGUUUGUCCUUGGGAAGCUGGAGAGGCUCCAGCAGCACCUGCCAAGCCCAGUUUGGACAUGAGGAAAAGCUCUGAGGUGUGUCCGUGGGAGGAGGAGAGCACGGAUCCCUCCCGGACCUGCCCCGGGCAGGGCAGAGCCCGGGAUGGGGGUGGGGUGUGAGUGGAUCCCAGCACCAGUGGCUCCAUCCAUCCAUCCAUCCAUCCAUCCAUCCAUCCAUCCAUCCAUCCAUCCAUCCAUCAUCCAUCCAUGGAUCCAUCCAUCCAUCCAUCCAUCAUCCAUCCAUCAUCCAUCCAUCCAUCCAUCCAUCCAUCCUCCAUCCAUCCUCCAUCAUCCAUCCAUCAUCCAUCCAUCCAUCCAUCCAUCCAUCCAUCAUCCAUCCAUCCAUCCAUCAUCCAUCCAUCCCUCUGUCCUUCCAUCCAUCCAUCCAUCCAGGAUUGAUCUAUCUAUCCAUCCAUGGAUCCAUCCCUCUGUCCUUCCCUCCAUUCAUCAUCCAUCCAUGGAUCCAUCCACCCAUGGAUCAAUCCAUCAAUCCAUCAUCCAUCCAUGGAUCCAUGGAUCCAUCCAUCCAUCCAUCCAUCCAUCCAUCCAUCAUCCAUCCAUCAUC